GCAGAGUUAUUAAUUUUUGUAUUUCUAAUAUAACUACUUAUAUAUUAAGUUAAAUAAAUGUUCAAAUAGUUUAAUAUUGUGAUAAUAACUCCUUUGACUGGUAACUACAAACACUCAUUAUUCGACGAGUGUAAUUUAUCUUUAUUUUAUUCAUUAACCCCGACGUGGCUUACUUUAAAAUUGUAAAAACAAAAAAUUCCUGGCUUGCAUAAAAUGAUUAAUGAUAGAUAUAAGUUUAUCGUCUAUUCUGUGGGAAUAUUUUUUUGUUAUUUCUAUUACGGAAUAAUCCAGGAGAAAAUUACAAGAGGACGAUAUGGUGAAACUAAGAAUGAAGAUGGCACAAAAGGCGAGAGGUUCACUUGCGCGCUGGCCAUGGUCUGUGUGCAGUGCUUUUGUAAUGCCCUUUUUGCCAAAGGAAUGUUGCUAACUAAACCCCAAAAGGAUGACACUACACCAACUAGUUACUAUGCCGUUUGUUCGCUCACAUACCUUCUGGCGAUGGUUAGUUCAAAUAUGGCUUUGCGGUGGGUGCCUUAUCCUACUCAGGUAGUUGGUAAAUCCGCAAAACCCAUUCCCGUGAUGAUUCUAGGCGUGCUCUUAGGAAGGAAAUCAUAUUCCUGGACACGAUACGGUUGUGUUUUGACCAUUGUAGCAGGGGUUGUACUUUUUAUGUACAAGGAAGGAAAAGUUAACCCAAAUAUGGUUCAAGAAAAAACAGGUCUUGGAGAACUUCUUCUAUUGCUAAGCCUUGCCAUGGAUGGACUCACUGGAGCUGUUCAAGAACGCAUGCGUUCUUCAAGUGCACCGUCUGGACAGCAAAUGAUGUUAUCAAUGAACUUCUGGAGUUCUAUGAUGCUUGGUUCAGCUAUGAUUGUAACUGGAGAAGGCAAAGAUUUCAUAUUGUUCGCCUCGCGACAUCCCCAGUUAUUAACUCACUUGGCUACUUUAGCCUUGGCUGGUGCUCUCGGUCAACUAUUCAUCUUUCUAAUGGUAGCUGGAUUUGGUCCGUUGGCCUGUUCAGUAGUGACAACAACGAGAAAAUUUUUCACAGUACUUUUUUCCGUGAUAUUCUUUGGAAACCUGUUAAUUCCUAGACAAUGGCUUGGAGCGGUUCUGGUAUUUGCUGGAUUGUUUGCUGAUAUGGUGUUUGGAAAAAAAUCACAAGUCAAAAAGCCCGUAGCGGAGGACAAAAAGAAGCUAAUAUCGUAGAAUAUCGAAUGUACGUAAUGUAACAGAUGCUGGAAGAGUAAAAUAGAAACAAAAGAUGGAAUUCAUUAUUCUUGUACAUUUUUGUACAAACUUAAUUUAAUAUGUUUUAUAAUUUAAAAUUAACUUUUAUGAAAAGUUUAAAAUAAAUUAAUAAUGUAUUUUUUGUAUCAAAACA